UCAAAAAUUUCUUGGAGGAAAUUAUUGGUUAGAUUAAUGUCUUGCUGUUGUUCCUGUAUAACAAACAUCUUCAUCGUCUUGGUUUGUAUGAACACGUGCAUGGCUCAAAACUUUUCUGCAAUCUUUAUUUUCGGUGAUUCACUUGUAGAUGUGGGUAACAAUAACUACAUAACAACAUUUGCUAAGGCGAAUUAUGAGCCCGUCGGGAUUGAUUUUGGGAAGCCAACAGGAAGAUUUACGAAUGGAAGAACUGUUUGUGACAUAUUAGGUCAAUCAUUGGGUUUCAAACAUUUUCCUCCACCAUACCUAGCUCCAACCACCUGUGGUUCUGUAGUUCUUGAUGGCGUAAAUUAUGCUUCUGGUGCUGGUGGAAUUCUUGAUGAAUCGGGAGCAAACUACAUUGGCAGAAUCGCUAUGGAUGCGCAACUCGACAAUUUUGCAAAGACGAGACUCGACAUAAUCUCAAUCUUAGGCGCUCCUAAAGCACUUAAUUUGUUCGCUACUGCUCUCUUCACAGUAACAAUGGGCUCCAACGAUUUUAUCAAUAACUACUUCAUUCUACCAGGUCAUUCGCACCCGGUGCCUUCGAAAACUUUCAUUAAAUCCAUGAUUUCAGCAUUUAGAAGACAACUUACGAGACUUUAUCAUAUGGGUGCUCGAAAGAUUCUCGUUACAAAUGUUCCUCCGGUUGGAUGUUGCCCGUUUGAAAGAGAUUUUAAUCAACACUCCGGACAAGUGUGUGUGAAAUUUCAAAAUCUAUUGGUGCAAAAAUACAACAACCAAUUGAAAUGGAUGCUCAAAGAACUUACGAACACGCUUAAAGGAUCGACAUUCGUCUAUGCAGAUGUAUAUCAUAUCUUCGAUGACAUAAUGAAAAACUAUGGAUCAUACGAUUUUGAAAACGUUGAUAAUGCAUGUUGUCACAUGUCACGCUUACAUAGUGGUUUAGCUCCAUGCCUACCACAUGCUACUAUUUGCCCAAAUAGAUCAAAGUAUCUCUUUUGGGACUCAUAUCAUGUUACUGAAAGCGCUAAUCUUAUCGUAGCAAAACGUAUAUUGGAUGGAGAUUCUAUUGACAUUUCGCCGAUUAACAUACAUACACUUUCAAAGACAUGAGAAGUGAGACAAAAUAUGAAUGGUUGUAUCAUAAAAUA